CAGAUAUCAAGAGUUAAAGGCUAACAGUCCCUGUCAUCUUCAUCACUCUUUCCUAUAAAAAUACUACAGUAUUUUCAAUGAGAGUGUAAACAAACCAUUGUUUCAGGUUUUAUUUACACUGGAGCUGUCUGGCAAAAUUCCAUGCUUAAUCUAGCUAUUUGUCGUGAUUCCAAGUUUUAAAAAGUGAUCCUUUCUCUCUUCAGUACUUCCUCCUUGGCGUCUACUUCCAAGACCUCCUUUCCCCAUUCUUUAUUUCUCCCCAAGACGUAGUUGUUUGAGUUACUUUUUAGGAUAAAGUGUUAUUUUCUUUCCUAACUGUAAGACUAAUAGAAAAAUCCUAUAAGCCAGAAAUAAAUGUUUAACAUAUUGCUGUCGGUUCUUCGAGCCUUCAGUUUUCCUUUGACUAAGCCAUCUUUUAACCAGAAAAGAGCAUAAAAUAGGAGCAGAGACCAGGGCUGGAGCAGGAAAAUGUCACCAGGUGAGGAGGAGGUGGAAAGUUUACACGAGCGAAGACGCAUAAAUAUUUUGUUUAUACAGAUCAUCGUCUGCUAAAGCUAAUAUAGUGGAACCUGUGCAAAAGCUGGAAAUAUAGUAGGAAGAGGAAAGACUAAAAACUCAAGGAAAGCAUUAGAACAGCCGCCAGGGCAGGGCGGGGUCGCGGGGCGCCGGUCCUGCCUCCAGCAGGAGCCGGAAGGGCGGACCCCCGGGGGGCGGGGCCAGGUGGAGGGGGUGGUCUGGUUGGGGAGGAGCAUACUGGGGAUGGGCGGGGCCGACCACUUGGGGCGGAGUCGGGGCGGGGCGGCAUAGGAGCAAGGGCUGGUGGGAGACCUGGGCGCUCCCGGCGAAGGGGACCGCAGCCCCUGAUGGACAGCAAAUGGCUGCUUCCGCACGUGGAGAACUUUUAACGAACACGUGAGGGAAGAAAGGCAAAGUCUGUGGAAAAUUUACCUCACAACUCUGGCGUCCAGCCCCAGCCCCUUAGCUACACCCUGUUUGCUGUGGGUCUUUGCCCACUCCCAUUGUUGCCUCGCCCCCGGCCCCACGGCUAGAGCACGGCUCUCUCGAGCAGCCCCUGCCCUCGGCGACCUGGUUUGGGAAGCCCUCCAGGAGGCAGCCACGCGGGCGUCUGCGCCUGCUCCGCGCCCCGGGCCCCGCGGCGGGGUGGGGCCGUUGAGGAAGGGGCGUGUCUCCCGCCGGCGCGCGGGGGCGGUGCCCGCGGCCUGACCUGCCCAGGCGCCGGGUCCUCUGACGUCACCUCGCCGUGACGCGAACGCGGUAGGAAAACUGACUAAUGAAAAGGAUUCACCAUAUCUUAGGACUUUUUAUGGAGACUUAAGAGAUAGAUAAAGAUGAAUGCCAAGUCUCAGCCAGCACUGAAAACGUGAAGUUUAGAAGACAUUUGCUAAGUCGAGUCAACUCAUCAUGCAAGUAAGAAAAGCCGGGUUAUAAUGAUCAGAGAUUCUCUGGACUAUGAAGGACACAGUGGCUGCUAGUGCUGUAUCAUGGUACCCUGAGUCAAGAUGGCCUUGGUUUUGCUUGUGUAAUAUUUGAAAAAUGCUGAUAGAACUUAUGUGACUUUUUAAUGUAUCUUUUCCUCUAGAACAUUUAUAUAAUGACCUUUUAUUUCCAACCCAAUCAGAGGAUACAAUAUUGUGAUUAUUCAGGUGCUUUUUAAAAUAAGCAUUAGGUGUAUUUAUGACACAAUUUUUUCAUUUUUCAUAAUUAUAAUAGAAUUAAAUACUAUCAUGUCUUAUGUGGCAGAAGAUAACAGACUCCAUUUUAGUGAAUUACCUAUUUUAAAUACCAUGAUAUUGGGGGGUGUAUAGUAUUUUAUUGGGGGGAAAGUAUUUUAAUGGCAAUCCUUAUCUAAUAUAGCAUUCCAGAGCAAUUAAAAUAAAACUUUUUGUUCUGCUUUUUUUUCAAUUUCAGAGAUAGUAUUUUUUCAUUGGGGAAACUUAGUAAUAUAUCCAUAAGCAUAAGGAAAGUUAAAGGACUUCCCUGAUGGUCUAGUGGUUAAGAAUCCACUUUCCAGUGCCAGGGACACAGGUUCAAUCCCUGGUCAGACAACUAAGAUCCCACAUGCUGCAGGGCACCUAGGCUCACAUGAGGCAGCUACCGAGCCCAUGCACUGCAACUAGGGAAACCUGGGCACUGCAGCUAAAGAGCCCACGUCCUGCAGUGAAGACCCAGCUCAGCCAAAACUAAAAAUAAAGGGAAAGUUAAAUAGCAAUUUAAUUCCUCACUCAGAGGUAGCCACUUUCACUGUUUGGUAGUUUCCCUUAUGUGAAUAUUCAGGGAAAUAAUUGAACCAUACCACUCCAUAACCAACCCCUCUCAUACAAAAAUGUGUAGUAAGCAUUUUUCAUAAUUUUAAAUAUCUUAAGAAACAGUCUUUAUAAUAGUUUCAUUAUAAAGAUAGAUAGAUAGAUCCUAAUUUACUUAGGGACUUUAUAUUUUGUGUGUAUAUUAAAUGGUACCCUGAAGAAUUUUAAAAAGGUAACGUGGAUGAUGAUAGUGAAGAUGGUAGUAUGUAGCUCUGCACAUUUAUCAUGAUUUUCUGAAGGCUAAGGACAGUCUGGAUCAAAAGGAGUGCAGAACUGUAAGGCUUAGGAUGCAUCUUGCAAAAAUACCUACCAGUUUGCAUGUACAUCUCUGCAGACUUUUUCCAAGCAUGCAUUUUGUUUGUUUUUGCCAAUUUGUAGACAAAGACAUUUUAUUUUUGAAAUUUGCAUUUAUUUAAUUAUAAGGCUGAACAUUCUGAUGAUUACCAGUUUGUCCUCUUUCAUGUUUCUGAAGUCUGCUAGUUUUAUGUUUUAUGGAGAGGUUUCUCAUUAUUUAUACCAGAUCCAAGCACAAGGACCCUGUCUACCAUGUCCUUGCAUAGUCACACCUCAAAGACUGUUAAAUGAAUAACUGUAUAACUGUAUAUCUGUUGUGAGUUUUCUGAUUUUUCCCAAUAAAUUUGCCUUAAUUUUUGACAGCUAUUUUAAGAUGUAACUGGCAUACAAAACUUUCACAUAUUUAAAGUGCAAUAUGAUGCCGUUUGCUGUAUGCAAGUAAUACCUGUGACACUCUCACCGCAUUCAAGAUAAUGAAUAUGCUGUUCAUCCUAAUGGGUGGAUAUAUGUUCCUCAUGCCCAAGACAGCUGUUAUUCAAGUCAACGACAUCAUCAUGCAGAGUUCAUUUUCAGUACCACCAAAAGAUCAAGGAGAUGUCUCCCUGCUCCCCAGCCCUGUGGAGAAACUGCUGACUCAGAAGAUGCUGGAAUCUCCUGGAAAGACAACCUGUACAGGCGAACCAAAUAUCCCUCCUGGGGCGAUUCACAGCGGGAAAGGCCUGCAGAAUAAGAGUCAGUUUAGAACCAUCGCUCCAAAGAUUGCGCCCCAAGUCUUGGCACCCAGAGUGCUGCCGGGCCCGGCGCCUUCACUCUCUGAUCAGGCGAAUCCAGGCCCUUCCCUCGGCUCCAAGCCCCUGGGGAUGCCCCCGCAGAAUUACGCGCUGAUGCAGGUGGCCGGCCAGGAAGGGACCUUCUCGCUGAUCGCUCUGCCGCACGUGGCCUCAGCUCAGCCGAUCCAGAAACCCCGGAUGCCUCUGCCCGAGAACCUAAAGCUGCCCAUCCCCCGGUACCAGCCCCCGAGACCUGGCAAAGGAGUCAGAAAGAAGCCGGGGCUCGGUUCCUCCUCCGAGAGGGACUGCAGCAAAUCUGCCCAAACCCAAGCAGCCCCUCCCCCACCUGAGCAUCCUGAGCCCCCGCACAAGCCCUACCCACCCAAGCUGGCACCAGACCAAGCCCCAGCUGCGCUGACCAACAGGAGUGGCCACCAAGACCCCGGGCCUCCAGGGACCAGCAACCACGGAGGUUGGACUCCUCCUGCCACCCCAGCACUGGCCACACUAGAGGAGCCUUCUGCCGAGCAGGGCCUCCAGAAGAGUUCAGGAAGAGCGAAAGUUCCAGGCAAGAAAACCCCCAGGAAACCUUCUGCUGUUGCCAGUGAAAAACCUCAAGAACCGGUUGAUGCCACCAAAGCCAUUUUGUCGUCACCAGGCGUCAUUGGAAACACCGUCCAGGUGCCCUCUUCCGUCCCCAGAGGUAAACUGCCCAUCCUGCCCUACUCGCGAGUGAAGACCACGCAGGUUUACAGGAGCGGAGCCGCUGUGAACACUGCGCAUGUCCCCUUCCCUGGGCUCAGGACUGCCGGAGACCAGACCCCCUCCAUCCCGGAAGGCUUCAGUGCGGCCCCACAGGUAGGGGACAGGGGACCUGUCCCACCGGCUCCCAGGCAGAGCCCCGGCGACAGUGCCUUCUGUCAAGCCACCAAGCCCGACCUUAACCACAAAACAAAACUGAACGGUGAGACAGCGAAGAGAAGAGGAAGAAAACGCAAGGGCCCAGACGAACUUUUGACAUUUCAGGGGAAAAGGUGGAAAUGUGUCCUUAGUUGUAAAGACAGCAAAGAAAGAGUCAAAAGUGAUCCCCAAGAAUCCAAGGACCAAAAACCGGAGGCCGUGAAAAAAUACCGGAGCAUCAUGCCCAAACCUGUCCCGGUCCUGCCAGCCCUGGCCUCGCUCCCAGCCACCCUCCAGCCCCCGCCACCUGGGAGCCUGGGACACAUGUCUUUCGAUCACUCCCUGGCCCCCAACCAUCUGGACUGGAAGGAGGACGGCCAGCCCCCAAAGCCAGACUCUGCCUUCAGAAACGGGUUUUCCGGCCUCAGGAAGGCUUGGCACAAGUGCCAAGUGUAUGACUACCCCUUCCCGUCCAAGCAGCACCUCCGCGAGCACACGAGCCCACCCCCGGACAGCCGGCCCUACAGCUGCCGGCUCUGCAGAAAGGUGUACAAGCGGCGGGGCAGCCUGAGCGCGCACGUGCGGCUGCACCACGGAGACUCCCGGCCCAGGAAGCUUGUGUGCUGCGAGUUCUGCGCCAAGGUGUUCGGCCACGUCAGAGUGUACUUCGGCCACCUGAAAGAGGUGCACGGUGUGGCCAUCAGCACCGAGCCCUCCCCCUGUGAGCUGCAGCCAGGGGACCUGCCGAGGACCAGAGAGCAGACCCCUUGUGAGGUGGAGGGACUGGUGGACAGGGAGACCAAGUCCAGCCUGGAAGAAGACCUCCUAAUGAACCAGAAUGACGAGGCCAGGUUCCAGAUCAGAUGUGGUCGCUGUCAGAUCACUGCUCAGUCUCUGGCUGAAAUCAAGUUCCACCUGCUCUCUGUUCAUGGUGAGGAAAUCCAAGGCCAGUUGCCAGAGGAGAGCUCACCCUCCCCCGGAAGCAGACCAGCUCACGGAGAACUGACUAAACAGGCUGCUCCUUUCUGGAAACGUCCUGAGAGAAGGAAGCUGCUCAGGCAUCAUCCCUCAGCCGGGGAGCUCUGUGCAGUCCCCAGACUGAAAAGACAACUGUACCUCCAUCAUCAGAACAACGUGGAAACCCUCACGAAACAGGAACAAGCCCAGCCAGGACCCAGUGAGCCCGGGGACGAUCCCCAGGGCCCCCGGUGUCCUGGCCCCCAGGCUGCCCUCCCCCUGCCCCAGUCUGGCUUUAACUGUGUCCUUUGUGCGCAGACACUAGGAAGCAAAGAAGAGCUACUUCUACACUGGGAGCAGCAGCACAAGUGUGAGGACCCCCCCAAACUGUGGACAAUUUUCAGCACGCUCUCCAGCCAGGGAGUUGUCCAACUUUCCAGCAAAACCGGAAAAUGAAACACGGGGUCAGGGGUUAGGAAGAGGUGUGCGCUCUCAGCUGCCUCUGUUUCUUGGAGAUGCUUAAACACCAAAAUCCAACAAGUUACGAUCAGCAUUAAGUAGCAGAAGUGAUUUUUGUACAUAGUCUUAUUUUAUUAUAGAAUAUGUAUGUACAUAUGCUCUUGAUGCAUAUUUUUCUAACAUAUACAGUUUUAUUUGAAAAUCCUAUGUCCUCUGACUUUUAUUUCAGAUUCAAUAAAAAGAUAAAUUUGCAGACUGAAA